UCGCCAUCCCCCCCCGCCAGCGACUUGCAUGCUUGCCGACGAACGGAUUCAGCGGGGACGCCUUCCUCGGAGUGACUGGCCGUGCGGAGGAAUUGGCGACUCGGUGGUGGCAUUCUGAGCUGCGGGAGCUGGGUGGACGCCCCGAUCCUCGCUGGAUUCAAACGCAACUCCCGCCUAUUCGCUCUUCUUCUCUGCGACGCCUCUGAUUGAUAUACUAACGAGCAAAAUGGAAGACCUCAUCGGGGACCCCUUCAUCUACAACCAGGCUGUAGCCCAUCCUCUGAGCGAACUUGAAGACACUGCGAUCGCCGUCGACGCUACAUACUACCUCCAGCUGCAUCUCGAUGUCCUCCCGGGCAACGAGCCCCUCCUCCCGGCCCUCGGUGGCCUGACGGGGAUCCAGGGCCGUAUCGAAAACGAAUUGGAUCAUUGGAAGGCCCAUAAGAUCAUCCCUUUCUUCAUCUUCGAUGGCCAGUCCGUGGCUGGCCAAGACGAGGCGGCGGUCAAACGCGGCCUAGCCAACUGCCUGAAGUUGGACAUUUCGUGGGACCUGUACUUCAAUGGUCGCGCCGACGAAGCCGUGUCCGCCUUCGGCCAGAGCACAAGCGCCUUUCCCGCCAGGGCCCUCUAUCCCCUUCUGCAGUCCAUCUUGAAAAAGCGCGGCCUGCACUUCCUUGUCCCUCCGUUCAACGCCUCUGCGCAGAUCGCAUACUUUGACCUGAUCGACUCGGACCAGUGUGCCGGAGUGAUGGGCUCCUCGGAGCUCCUGCUCUAUCCGAUCCGAGACUGCGUCAUCCGCACCAUCGACUGGGAGAACAACCUGGUCUAUGCAGUUUCGAAGAAACACAUCCUCAAGGCUCUGAAUGUCAGCGAAUCCCUCUUCGUCGACGCGUUCCUGAUGACGGGGACGUCCUUCCUUCCGCCUUUUCCGCCCCUGGCCGACCAGACCAUCAUCAAGACACAGCCGCACACGGUAGCUGAUGCGGUUAACAUGCUGCGAACGGCAGAGAAGUCGGUGACGCUGGUCUGCAGCAGCUUCCAAGACAUCCUGAAGAGCCAGGAUCCCGAUUGGUUGGACAAGUACCGCAAAGCCCGCAUGGUCGUUGACCACUUCGUUUACAUCGCCGAGAACGGCGAAGUCAAGGUUCACGACUACGAGCACUUGACCAACGAUAAUCACGAGUCUUGCCAACCCUUGACGGGGUCGCUUCGGAAGAGUACAAGAAGUUGGUGACGACCCAGUCCGUCCG